AUGUCGGAUACUGAAGAGCGUUUAGAGAAAUUCAAAGAACAGAAUAAAGCAGUAUUUGACCCUAACACUAGACAAGUAUGGGAGAGUCAGACUGCUAAUGAUGCUACCUUAAAAGAUGAAAGUACCGUAAUUGGUAAGAAGAUGGAAGAUGUUGACAACAAAAAGACUGAAAGUAAUAAUAUACAGGGCACUAACAAUAAUGAAGCAGAAGAAGAGGAUGACGAUGCAGCUACAUCAGGUAUUGUGCCGACCUUACAAAAUAUUGUUGCAACUGUAAAUCUUGGUUGCAGAUUAGAUUUAAAGACUGUGGCUUUACAUGCACGUAAUGCAGAAUAUAACCCUAAGCGUUUUGCUGCUGUUAUUAUGCGUAUCCGUGAACCAAAAACUACAGCUUUAAUCUUUGCCUCAGGUAAGAUGGUUGUUACUGGUGCAAAGAGUGAAGAUGAUUCCAAACUUGCAAGUAGAAAAUACGCAAGAAUUAUUCAAAAAAUUGGUUUUGCAGCUAAAUUUACAGAUUUUAAAAUCCAAAAUAUUGUUGGUUCUUGUGAUGUGAAAUUCCCUAUUAGAUUGGAAGGUCUGGCAUUUAGUCAUGGUACUUUCUCAUCGUACGAACCUGAAUUAUUCCCUGGUCUGAUUUAUAGAAUGGUUAAGCCAAAGAUUGUGCUGUUAAUCUUCGUUAGUGGUAAGAUUGUUUUGACGGGUGCAAAGCAAAGAGAAGAGAUCUACCAAGCGUUUGAAGCUAUAUACCCUGUGUUGAGUGAAUUCAGGAAGAUGUAA